AUUAUCUAUAUAUAGAAUCGCAAGGCAAAACUGAAUGAAUAUAAUAGCCAUGUUUUCUAAGGUUCCGAUAUUGCUUCUCUUACUAUCCAUAACCAUAACAGUAGUACCAGCUUCAUCUCAAGAUGAUCAUGGUAAUCUCAGUUUCGUAUUCAAUAAUGGAUUCAAUUCAAGUGACCUGGACCUCGACGGCUUUGCUGAAAUAACAUCCAAUGGCCUCCUCAGGCUCACAAACAACACGGAACACAAAACGGGUCAUGCUUUCUUUCCCAAUCCAGUCACCUUCAAGGCCACCCCAAACGGCACAAUUUCUUCCUUCUCCACCACGUUCGCCUUUGCCAUCAGAUCGAUGAUGGCGGACCUGGGCGGCCACGGCAUGGCUUUUGUGACCGCUCCGACAAAAGGUCUUCCCGGAGCUCGGUGGGGCCACUAUCUUGGCUUUACUAACGAGUUCGCCAGUAAAGACAAGGCCGCCAACAAAGUUGUCGCCGUCGAGUUCGAUACGGUCUACGACAGCGAGAUCGGAGACAUCGACAAAAACCACGUGGGGGUUGACAUUAAUGAUAUAAGAUCGGUUACAGCUGAAUCGGCGAGCUAUUUCGACGAAAAAAGGGGCGGGUUUACGAACUUAUCUCUUAUGAGUGGUAAACCGAUGAAAGUAUGGGUCGAAUAUGACGCUGUUAAGAAGCAGAUGAACGUGACUUUAGCUCCGGCCGAAGCUGUUAAACCCCAGAAACCGCUUUUGUCUUUGACCAAAGAUCUUUCAUCGAUCAUAAAUGACACCAUGUAUAUAGGUUUUUCUUCCGCAACAGGCACUGUAGUUAGUAGUCAUUAUGUUCUGGGUUGGAGCUUUAAGAUUAAUGGGGUAGCUCAAGAGCUCGACUUCUCCAAACUCCCACAGCUUCCUCGGGUUGGACCUGAACCAAUAUCAAAGCUUUUGGCAAUUGGGUUACCUGUGAUUUGUUCGAGCUUGGUAGCUCUAGUGAUCUUUAGUUUAGUUUAUUUCAUCAGAAGAAAGAGAAAAUUUGCAGAGCUAAUUGAAGAUUGGGAACUCGAAUAUGGACCCCAUAGGUAUAAAUACAAAGAUUUGUAUAUGGCGACAGAGGGUUUCAAGGACAAAGAUUUAUUGGGUAGGGGAGGAUUUGGUAUAGUGUAUAAAGGAGUAUUACCCUCUAAAACAGAGAUUGCUGUGAAAAGAGUCGCUCACGAAUCAAAACAGGGUAUGAGAGAAUUUGUUGCUGAAAUCGCCAGUCUCGGCCGGCUCCGGCACCGGAAUAUUGUACCCCUUUUGGGCUAUUGUCGCCGGAAAGGUGAGCUUCUUUUAGUCUACGAGUACAUGCCCAAUGGCAGCCUAGAAAAAUACCUAUACGACAAACCAAAAACAACACUAAAUUGGAACCAAAGAUUUAGGGUCAUAAAGGGAGUUGCCUCUGGUCUAUGCUACCUCCACCAUCAAUGGGAACAAGUCGUCAUCCACCGUGACGUGAAGGCCAGUAACGUCCUACUUGAUGGCGAGUUAAACGGACGGUUAGGAGACUUUGGUUUAGCUAGACUGUACGACCACGAAAGCGAUCCACAAACAACCCAAAUCGCUGGCACAAUCGGCUACCUCGCCCCUGAGCAUGCCCGAACCGGAAAGGCCACAACAAGUUCCGACGUCUUCGCAUUCGGAGCUGUCUUGCUCGAAGUGGCAUGCGGACGUCGACCCAUUGAGCGGAGAGGAACGAAGAUGGAGGAGCUGAUUUUGGUGGACUGGGUUUUCUCUUGUUGGAGCAGAGGUAGGAUUAUCGAGGCCAUGGAUUCGAAUCUUAUAGAAUCAGAUUCUAGUGUAUUAGGGGAGGAAGUGGAGUUGGUAUUGAAACUGGGGUUACUGUGUUCGCAUUCGGAACCGGAGGUCAGACCGAGCAUGAAGCAAGUGGUGUCUUUUUUGGAGAGACAUGUGCCUUUGCCGGACUUGUCGACGCUGAGGCUGACGGCUGCGGGGUUGACCUUCGCGCAUAGAGAAGGGUCUGGUGAUUUUACGGCGUCGUAUCAGUCGUCUGUUAGGGGUUUCACUCAGGCUUCGUCUUCUUCUGAGGCCGAAUCACUCCUCUUUUGUGGCCGAUGAGUGUGCGUCAUACGCCUGAACUGUGCCUUUGUUUAUCAUUUUCAUAUUUUUAGCUUUUUAAGAGAGAAAUUUGAAUUUUUUUUUUCCCAUUUUCGAAUGGUAGAAUAUACAUGGCCACAUUUUCAAAAUUAGUGCAAAUUGACCUUUAUUUUUGUUUAGUAUUGUCUUGUGUAAUAUUAUUUUUACACAUUAAUUAGAAAAGGAAAUUACAAAACUAGAUCAAAUAA